AUGGCGCCUCGAAGCCCCCUCACAGCAUCCCCGCAACUCCUAUCAUUUCUGCAGGAGCUUCAUUCCCAAUCCCUCAACCAGGAAUCAAAGAUAGAAUGGAAGUCUCUACCUGGUCAAACGACCGAUGAAUUCGACGAUAUCAUGCGCGACAAGUUCAUCGCACUCGAUCAAGACAAGUGUGAACUGAUCUAUCAGCUGCUCCGCAGUAUCAACGCCACGACAAUCGUUGAAGCUGGCACAAGCUUUGGCGUGAGUACAAUCUAUCUUGCUCUUGCUGCAGCUCAGAAUGCCACUCGCGAUGGUAGUUCCAAGGCUCGGGUUAUUGGUACGGAGAAGGAGCCCUCGAAGGCAGCGGUAGCACAGAAGAACUGGGAUAAGGCUGGAGAGGAGAUUCAUGGUGUGAUUGAUCUGCGAAUUGGAGAUCUUCGUGAGACGCUUGCACAGGGUCUUGGUACAGUCGAUUUUUUGCAUCUGGAUAUUUGGACACCACUAGCCCUGCCGGCUCUGAAGCUCGUGGAACCGCAUUUUCGACCUGGUGCUAUGAUUAUUGCGGAUAAUACAAUCAAGGCUGCUGCUGGAUAUGCUGAGCUGUUUGCGUAUGUUGAUGCGCCGGAUAGUCGGUUCCGGAGAAUUACUAUGCCGUAUGCUGGAGGUCUGGAGAUGAUUGUGUAUCAGUGA